CAUCCAACAUGCAAGUGACAAUAACAGAGGACAAAUGCUGCUUAAAAUUUUUUCCAAAACACAUGGGACACACCCAAGAUGUUGGAAGAACAUUUCUGCAUGGGAACGAGAGGACAGAGUUGGCAGGAUGGCUGUCACAGGGUGUACCUGUUGGACGAGUCUUACAAGAUGUCCGAAGUGCAACAAUCGCUGCAAGUAUGGAGAGAAUCCAUCUCCUUGAGAAAAAAGAUUUGCAUAAUAUAAAAAGGGAUUUUGAUAUUGGUUAUGCAACGAAGAAGCAUGAAAAUGAUGCAGUGAGUGUGAGACUGUGGGUUGAAGAAAUGAAGAGACAAAGUGACAACCCAGUACUGUAUUUCAAGCAGCAAAAACAAGUGGAUCCUAAUUUUCAAGAUGAAGACUUCAUUCUUAUUAUAAUGACAGACUUUCAGGCCGAACAACUUCUAAAGUAUGGAGAAGAUAAAAUAUGUGUGGAUGGCACUCAUGGCAUGACUGCAUACGAUUUUCAACUUUUUACUAUUGUCGUUGUUGAUAGAUAUGGUGCUGGAAUGCCAGUUGCAUUUUGUUUUUCAAAUAGGGGAGACAUGUGCUUAUGUCUUUUUAUUUCAAAUGUGUGA